UAUGCAUAGUCCAACACCAUACCUGUGCAUUUAAAAAAUCAAAACAGUACUCUGUAUUUGUAUGGGUUCAUAUGUAGUAAAAGUAUAAAGCCUAGAUUUAAAAGUUACAUACCAAAUUCGUGAUAAUGUUUGCCUUUGGAGAAAAGGGUGGAGAAUGGUUUUGGGGAGGAGUGCAAAGGGACUUCAAUUUUAUCAGAAAGUUGAAUAGUUCAAUUAAAAAAAGAAACAGACCUGAAGCAGGUAUGGCAAAAUGCUAACAUUUACCAAUUACAUGAGAUAGGUGCAUGGGUGCCUGUAAUACUCUCUCUGCAUUUUAAAAUAGCUUUAGAUUUUUUUCUAAAUAAUAAUAUUUUUAAAAAACAGCUAGUAAAGAAUUCUAUCUGAUAGAAUUUUAAUAUGUGUAGAUAAAGAGUUAAUUCUCUAAAAUUUUGAAGCAAGCAGCUUUAUAAUAAUUAUCUGUUUUAGAAUAGAAUCUCCAUAAAGAUAACAAAGCUGACAAGAUCAUAAAACUACUGAAAUGAAUAAAGCAGAUUCUAUAAGUGUCAACAUGGAUAGUUCUCAAAAUCAUACUGAGGGGAAAAAGUAAGUUGCAAAAUGAUAUGUACACUACUGUACCAUUUAUAAAGAAAAUUUAAAAUAUAUAAGCAUGGACAUAUAUUUACAUAUAAUAUAUAUAGGUAAUUAGGUAAUAAAGAAUAAUAACAAUGCUGGAAGAAUACACACUUUAUGAUACUGAUUACCUAGGCAAGUAAGGAGAGAGAAAGGUGAAUGGAACUGGGGAGGAAAAUAAGGUGACAUUCAACUCUAUCUGGAAUUAUUAAUAAAAAUAAAAAACCUGAAGCAAAUGUGACAAAUAUUUCACAUUUGAUUACCCUAAGAAGUAAUACAUGAAUAUUUGUUAUUCUUGAGAUAUAUGUAUUUUUAAUGUUCAAAAGAAUAAGUACUGAAGAAUUGCAAAUAAACUGCACAUAAUUCAAAAAUAUGUAAGUGAAGCUUGUAUACAUCAAAAACGGUACGCUAUGACUAUUUUUAGAAAUUAUCCUGUUUGCUUUUCUGUGUUUUUAAUUUUUUAAAAUUCAAAAGAAGAAAAAAAUGAAAGCAGUGAAGAAAUGUAAACAUAUACAUACAUAUAUCUGAUUAUAUAAAGAGAAAAACCUCCACAAUCACAAAACGCCAUAUGAGCAAUUCUAUAUAAAUUGCUGCAUUUUCUUAUUUUUAAUUUUUGUCAAGAGAAAAAUAAAAGAUGUUGCCUAAUUGGAAACGUGACUUUCUAUUAUUAAAGUUGUGGGAAUCCAUUUUAAUGUGUUUAUCUCGCUGCUAGUCUAUAAUUUAUAUUACAGCGUGGAAAUUUGUUUGUAUGCCUGUGACAGGUUAAAGCAGUUUAAACAUGCAUUUUUCUUUCGUUGGUUGAAUAGUUAAAUCGUUACUCAAAGGAUUUUAAGUUUCAAUUUCAACCAUGAGGGGAUUCUUUGCUUUUUUUCAAGGUUAAAAAUGUUUCUGGUUCAAAAUGCUAUUAAUUAAUGGCUACGUAGUGGCUCUAUUUAGGGAAUUGGUACGGACCCUGGGUUAGCAGUGGAACUGUUAGAUGAGAAAACUUUUUUGAUGAAGACUCGGGGAUAUUUUAAAUUCGAUCUGACAGCGGUAACAGAAGUGAAAUGUAAUUCCAGCCCGCUUAACUAACAAUCGUAAUUAUGAAUCGAAAGACAUGUCAGGUAUAAGCAUUUUUUUCCCUUAAAAAAAAAGUUUCUCGGACUCCGCCGGACACCCAGCUGGCGGAGGACCAGCGGGCGAAGGGGGAGCGAAGCCGGCAGGCUGCCCAGAAGUUACGAUCGGGGAGUUUUCUCUUUAUUAAAAUUACCUGGCUCACCAGAAGAGGCAAGAACGCGAAGACAAGAUAAUUUCUUAGGCUGUUAAAAAUGACUUAGCCCGGUGGGCCGCGCGUUCCGAGGGGGUGUCCUGCGGCCGGGGCGGGUCCCGCCGCCCCCGCGGGCUCCGGUGCGUCAGGGGCGCGUCAGGCGGGGCGGGCGCCGCGCGGGCGGCGGCGGCGGGUGGCGGGCGGCGCGCACCGGGCCUCCUGCUUCUCGCUCCGAGGCUGCGGGACGGACGCUCCCGAGAACUCUCUCGCCCGCGGCCGGCCGCGCUCGGACGGCGCGCGCCGGCGGCCCGGCGGUGCCAGCAUGUCGGCUGCCGUGGCGUGCCUGGACUACUUCGCCGCCGAGUGCUUGGUGUCCAUGUCCGCGGGUGCCGUGGUUCACCGCCGCCUGCCGGACCCCGAGGGCGCGGGCGGAGCGGCAAGCUCGGAGGUGGGUGCGGCGCCGCCGGAGUCCGCUCUGCCGGGUCCGGGGCCACCGGGGCCCGUGUCGGUCCCCCCGUUCCCCCAGGUCCCCGCCCCCAGCCCCGGCGCGGGCGGCGCCGCGCCCCACCUGCUGGCUGCAAGCGUCUUGGCUGACUUGCGCGGCGGCUCUAGGGGGUGCUUUGGAGAGUACUCGGGGGAAGCUCUGCGCGCCUCGUCCGGUUCCUCCGACCCGACCCCGUGCUCCGGCCCGACCCUGUGCUCCAAGCUGAUCCCGGCCACCAGCUCCGGACCCGAGCACUCCUCCCGCGCGCUCGCGGUCCCUGGCGCGCCAGCCAUCCCGGGAGUGCCUGCCCACCCUGGCGCGGUCUCCGGCGUGGCCCCUGGGGCGGGCCCGGCCCCCGCCACGGGUCCAGGCCCCCGUCGGAGGCCAGUCACACCUGCUGCCAAGCGCCACCGCUGCCCCUUCCCGGGCUGCAACAAAGCUUAUUACAAGUCAUCACAUCUGAAGUCCCACCAGCGCACCCACACGGGUGAGCGCCCUUUCUCCUGCGACUGGCUCGACUGCGACAAGAAGUUCACGCGCUCCGACGAGCUGGCCCGCCACUACAGGACGCACACGGGCGAGAAGCGCUUCUCCUGCCCCCUCUGCCCCAAGCAGUUCUCCCGGAGCGACCACUUGACCAAGCACGCCCGCCGCCACCCAGCCUAUCAUCCCGACAUGAUCGAGUACCGGGGGCGCCGUCGCACUCCCCGCGUCGACUCGCAACCCGCCAACCUGGUGGACAGCUCCGGCUCCGUCCCCGGGCAGGUGCUCAGCUUUACCACCUGCUUGUCUGACAGUCAUUGCUGUUAGUUGUCCCCUCAAGGACGAUCCCCCAGACCAUUGUCCUUGCUUUCUUUCUGCCCAUCCCUCUUUCCCAGAGUGAUUAGACCAAGGCACAGACUGGCUUCUCCGCUCUGAGAGUGGGUCCAGGCAGGCACGUUGGACUCUGGGGAGGGACUGUGGGCCCGAAAAUAGCAGGAAUGCUUACAACACGUAUAGCAUCCAAAAAAGGGGGGUUUGCCUCAAGACAGCCCCAGGAACUGAUAAGAAGGGAUGAACCCCGGUACUCUCCAGAGUCCUGAAGAGUCUCCCUUCCAUGGGAACCAGAGAUGUGAAACUGGAAUUCUCAGGUGCCUGAGGAGCUCUCAGUCUCAAAGGACUCUAGUGUCUUACCCAUCCACCAGGGCGGACCUUGGAGAGGGUGUCAGGGGUGGCAGUCUUGGAAAUGUCCAAGACUGGGAUGGUGAGAGGCCUUUGGAAACAGAAAUGAUUUCUAUUUCUGUAAACAGCAAUGUUUACUAAUGUAUUUUUAGUGUAUUUUAAACAGGGAUCACAGGUUGAUAGGAGAUUGAUAUCCCCCACUCCCCAACUGCCCCAGCUACCUCUGCUAGGAGAGGCCAUGUAAGAGUCCAUGUGGAUGUAUGGCUGGGAGAUGCUUCUUGGUGUCUGGGGGGUGGUGCGAGCCUGUUUGCAGGUCCUGUUGCAAGGGUUGGAACCCUGCACUUGUGUCGUAGCUUUUCUUCUAAUUUGAAGUGCUACUUGGAGAAGUAACUUCCUGGCUCACUCGCAAUGAUAUUGGUUUAAAAAUUUGGAAACAAUCAUAAAUGCACCAGAAAUAAAAGGGUGAUCCAGGCUAGUUCCCACUUCACCAAGAGGGCAAACCCAAGUGACAGUGGUUGAGAUAGGUCCAAACCAAGACCUUUCAGAACCAUUGUUAACGUUCAGGGAAAUAGGGGUUUUGGGUCCCAGCUGGCCACACUCCCAAGUAACCUCAGGUGUGGUAGAUUCUGUUCAUUUCUUAGUGGCUAGCUAGGGGGUUAUUUCCCUUGGGGUCUGUGCAUUUUUGUUUCUGCAACAGGUGAGUUGGUGGUUUGGGGAGGGGAAGGUGGGAGCGGCUUCUUUCAAACAGCUAGCUGCUCUGGAUUUGGGGAAGGGACAGCAAGGUGAAAGUUACUGUCAAAUAGGAGGACCCUUCUCCCCUGACCUUGGAGCCCCUCCAAGUUACAUCCUCAGGACCCCUCUCCCCCAGUGCAGGAACUGAGCAUCACCAGUAUUUAUUUUUCUCUGUAAGUGUUUCUGCUGCUAUGGAUGAAAUUGUUGGCCACUCUGCUUAUGUAUGUGUGAAUGUGUAUACAUGUGACCCUUUCAUUAGAGAUGGGGCUGAAAGGCAUUUCCUGCUCUGGUAAAGUCCUCUUUAGUCCCCUCCUGAAUAUCUUUUUAUAGUCCACCAAUCACGUUUGUGGAGGAUGCCAGACUCUCAAAGGACCAUAAUAGGCAUCUAGUUAAACAAACCUCUUUCCCCUGUUUUGCAGAUGAAGGUACUGAAGGCUAGGUAAGCUCGAAGUCACAUGCUGAGUUGCUGGCAAAAGCCAUGACUAGAAAUUAGUUAUCUGGCCUUCUGAGUGACUCUUUCCCUCAUGCUUAGUUACCCCAUCUGGGCCCUUAGUCAAAGGGCACCACUCUCCUUUACUACCACCAGGAUCCUCUCCUUCCCUAUUCCCUAUCAUUUCUACGUUCCUUCAUCUGUCCAGUCCCCGCUGAACCCUUUGCCUGUUGUGUUUAACCCCAAAGCCCUUUUCUUAGCAGGUUGGGUCCAUUCCCUCCUUCCACACCAUGUGGACUUAAAGUGGGAAUGCCUCUUUAGCAUCUUGGGAGAGACUUUACCUUUUGAUCUGGUAGAUAAAUUUUCAAUGCCAGUUUCUAGUCCUGGGCACUCUAUCUUCCUUGAGAGAGUAAGUGAUGUGAACACUGGGACUCUAAUAAGUGCCCCUACACUAAGUGAAGGAAGGGUAUUUAGGAAGGACUCAAAGGGUAUGAAGAGGUUCAGUGUUUCCUGAUGAGGACUAAGCAGGGUAGGUGGAGCUUUCCUUGAGUUACUUGUGGGAAUAGGAGGCCCACAAUUGUGAAGGUGGGUUUUGGUGGUGGAAAGAGUCCUCCCUUUGUUCGGUUUGUCUCCUCAGCUGGGACUUGAUAGGAAGGGAACUCUGGGGCCCCCUUGAGGACUGUGAUUUCCCUUUUGUCCCCUUCAGUAGAAGAUCUACCAUUGGGUAGGUGGACCGAUGAAGCUAACAGGAGAGAGACUCCCACUGACCAUUCUGGAAUUGGGCUCGAGAAAGCGUGACUUUUCCAAUCACCCUCUGAUAAAUAACUUUUGAUUUUCAAUCUC